UCUCAACUUCGUCCCACGCCGACCCCCAGCUUGCUUGCUCCUCUCCUUCCUCUCUACUAGCUCGUUCUGUCUGCCCUGCCCUGCCCUGCCCUGCACCGUGGUGAAGCAGAUGGAGAAGGCGAGGAGGCCUCAGGUGCCGGCGUUCGGGGAGUGGAACUACUACUACCACUACGACGAGCCGGAGGCGGCCGCGUGGUACGCCGUGCCGGAGCCGCAGGCAUGCAGCGACGUCUGGUUCAAGUACCCGCCGCCCCCGCGCAAGCCCGCGCCCAAGAAGAAGCAGGCGAGGAGGCGGCGGCCGGCGGACUGCGACAGCGUGUCCCGGGAGCGUCAGAGCCCGAGGAGGCCGUCCAUGGACGCCGCCGCCGCCGCGGCCAAAGGCGGCGCGUCCAGGCGGGUGGUGCGGCCCGUCGACGCGGACCUGUACCAGGUGCCGCCGCCGGAGUUCACACCCAACCGGCGGCCAACGAAGCAGAGGAGGAGCCUGUGGAUGAUGGGGUGCCUGGGCUGCGUCGCCUGAGCCUCUCCGGCGCUGACGGGAUGCUGCAUGUUUAUACCGGAGUCCGGAGUAGUAGCAGUAGCAGGAGUAGUGUUUACGUUUUCACUUUCUCUCGUUGUUGAGCUCUCUCUCCCUCUCUAUCCGAUGUUCGUGCUGCUCUCUUGGCUUGUGGCAAGAUGUUUAUUACUACCAGUAAUCUUUCCGUGUUCGA